UCUUGGGACCGAAAGUGACUCGAAUUCGUCUGAUGUGUAUUGUAUCUCUGCACCGGAUCUCAAUGGCAGGUGGAGGCUAGGAAGUCGGAUCAGCAUUGGAGAUCUGUUAUCGCCAUCAAACUCGCUAUCCAUUGACCAGCCACCGAAGCCAACAAUUUCCUCCUCCCUGCUAGAGCCGACCUUCCCCGAGCCCAUCACUGGUACAACAAAUUUGCGGCUAGAAAUGGAUGUCCUGUUGCUCUCGCCUCGCCAGGGAAUUCCUCCGCAUAUGAGACCACCAGAACCCACGUCACCCGUAAGUAAUGCAGAGAAAGCACGCCUCAUAUGCGCGUAUAUGCAUGAGACUGGCAUCUGGUGCGAAACCACGGAUUCUGAAAGGCAUUUCACUGUGAAAAGUAUCCACGAGAUGAUGGGAUCUGCAGCGUUUGUGGCUGCUGCAAUGGCCCUGGCCUCGCGCCAACUGGACCAUCUGGAGCGUCAGCAACGGCCUGUCACCCUCGAGCUCCACCAGUACAGUAUCAGAUUGCUUCUUCGACAACAUCCGGCAAAGUCGGAUGCCUCAAUGCUGGCAGCCUGCACUCUUCUCUGUGUAUACGAGAUGAUGGCUUCAGAAGUUCACGAAUGGCGACGGCAUCUGAAGGGCUGUGCCGGCCACCUCCAGGCUAAAAGAUGGAAUGGGUCGUCUGAAGGCAUCGUGAAGUCUUGUUUCUGGGCGUUUGCUCGAAUCGAUGUCUGGGCCGCCUUCAUCAGUGGAAAUUCAACGUUGAUACCGACUGACUUCUGGAUCGACAAUAUGUCGUUUGAAUCUGUUGCAGCCAAGGGGAAUGUGGACGACUAUUGUAAUAUGGCCAAUGUGAUCUUUGCCAAGAUUGUCAAUCUGCUCGCCGCUGGUUACCAUGAGAAGAGAUAUUACACUGCAUUAGCCACGGUAUCAAAUUUGUGGAGUGAGCUACAAGCGUGGUGUCGGCUCCGUCCUAAGGAUGUCUGCCCACUAUUGAGAGACCAUUCACCGGGACAGGUAUCUCCCACUGUAUUGUAUUCUCGGUCCUCUUCCAUUUGUGGCAACACAUUCUACCAUGCCGGCUGCAUCUUGCUUCUACAGACUGGGAUUCUUCCAGUUGUGACAGGGGGUGUAUCGCUUCUCCAAGAGACUAAAAGCGCUGUUUGGCACGCACGCGAGCUUGCAGGGAUAUCCAUGUCCAACCCGUCGCACGCAAACUGGGUCAAUCAUCUUCAACCACUGUUUAUUGCUGGUACAGUCUUUGCGAGCAGUGAGACGGGGCCUGGCAUGAAAAAUGCGCGGGAGUCCCAGAAAGGAUCUAUCCCGCCAUCGGCACAUGGCAGCAGGGAGACACUCAACACCACUGGUUAUGCCCCACAGCGGGAGGACUCCUACGCCGAAGAAAGAACCCUGCUUCUAAACCAUCUAGCUCGAAUUGAGCGUGAAACUGGCUGGAAGACAUCUGAUCGCACCGCUACACUACGGGCGCUCUGGGUCUGCAGUAGGGCAAUGCCAUGUAACCUUUGCUUUGCAUUAAUCGGAAUAGAAUCGAACUACACCGCUUGUAGCAUCGUGGGCAUACGAUCCAAGGCUAGUAUAGGCAGAUUGUUGUGUCUCGAUGCUAAUAAAGUCAGAAGAAGUGAAGAAAACCCCAAGGUCCAUUCCUUCCUGUGGCCUGUGACAAAGGCGUAUGUCCCCGUAACUGGGGAUUCCAUAAACCAAUGGCAAUCUACCCCAGAACGAAGCAAGACACCGUUUCCAGCCUGACAUAUUUACCAUAGGAUAACUCCCAUUUCAAGAAGAAAACAUUGCGAAGAUCUUGUACAAGAGUCCUGAUGCCUCUCCAAUGCCGGAUGUAACAGUGAAUCUGGAGAGAAUGAUGUUGGCAAGGCUUGCAGUGAGAAUGGCAGACCCAUCCGUAAAUGGUUGAGCCAUAAUCUCCAACCCUUGAUGAUACUGGGAUC